GGACCGGCUGCAGCGGGGCAGGGAGAGCGGAUUUUGGGCUGAAUUCUGAGCGUUUCGUGUCUCUUUCCCUCCAGAACUUAUUGAUUUCGCUCGUUUCACCCGCGGCUCGGGCGCCCGCGGAGGGUGCGCGGCCCCCGGCGGGCAGAGCGCGCGGCCGGCCCGGCUCCGCCGCCGAUGCUCAACAUGACCGAGGAGCACGACAAAGCGCUGGAGGCUCCGUGCAGCCCCGCGGGCACCACCAGCUCCAUGUCCCACGUGGACUCGGACUCGGACUCGCCGCUCUCCCCCGCCGGCUCCGAGGGGCUGGGCUGCGCCCCCGCACCCGCCCCGCGCCCGCCCGGCGCCGCCGCGCUGGGGGCCAAGGUGGACGCGGCCGAGGUGGACGAGCGCUUCCCCGCCUGCAUCCGCGACGCCGUCUCGCAGGUGCUCAAGGGCUACGACUGGAGCCUGGUGCCGAUGCCCGUCCGCGGCAACGGAUCGCUCAAGGCCAAGCCGCACGUCAAGCGGCCCAUGAACGCCUUCAUGGUGUGGGCGCAGGCCGCCCGCAGGAAGCUGGCGGACCAGUACCCGCAUCUGCACAACGCCGAGCUCAGCAAGACCCUGGGCAAGCUCUGGCGUUUAUUGAGCGAAAACGAGAAACGUCCCUUUGUGGAAGAAGCCGAGCGGCUCAGGGUGCAGCACAAAAAGGAUCACCCGGAUUACAAAUACCAGCCCCGGAGGAGGAAAAGCGUCAAAGCCGGGCAGAGCGACUCGGACUCGGGCGCCGAGCUCAGCCACCACGCCGGGACUCAGCUCUACAAGGCCGACACAGGGCUGGGGGGCAUGGCCGACUCCCACCACCACGGCGACCACACAGGCCAGCCCCACGGGCCCCCCACACCCCCCACCACCCCCAAAACCGACCUGCACCACGGCGGCAAGCAGGAGCUGAAGCACGAGGGCCGGCGCCUGGUGGAGAGCGGCCGCCAGAACAUCGACUUCAGCAACGUGGACAUCUCGGAGCUGAGCAGCGAGGUCAUCAACAACAUGGAAACAUUCGACGUGCACGAGUUCGACCAGUACCUGCCCCUGAACGGCCACGCGGCGCUGCCGGCCGAGCACGGCCCCGCCGCCGCCUCCUACAGCAGCUCCUACCCGCACUCGGGCGCGGGCGCGGCCGCCCAGGUGUGGACUCACAAGAGCCCGGCCGCGGCAUCGCCRGCAGCGGCCGAGCCGGGCCAGCAGCAGCAGCAGCGGCCGCACAUCAAGACGGAGCAGCUGAGCCCCAGCCACUACAGCGAGCAGGCUCACGGCUCCCCCGCGCCCUCCGACUCGUACGGCUCCUACGGCGCCCAGGCCUGCGCCACCUCUGCCGCGCCCGCCGCCGCCGCCGCCUCCUUCUCCAGCUCGCAGUGCGACUACACGGACCUGCAGAGCUCCAACUACUACAACCCCUACCCCGGCUACGCCUCCAGCAUCUACCAGUACCCCUAUUUCCACUCGUCCCGCCGGCCCUACGCCACCCCCAUCCUCAACGGGCUGUCCAUCCCGCCGGCGCACAGCCCCACCGCCAACUGGGAGCAGCCGGUCUACACCACCCUGACGAGGCCUUAAAGGAUUCUCCGAGCCUCUGGAGGCUUUCCCGGAAUUAUGCACUAAUGAAGGAAUGGAGGAGGAAGAGCGUGGAGUGCYGCCGUCGCUUCCAAAGUGCCUCCUGAGCCGCUGGGAACUCUUGCUCGUCCCCUUGCUUCGAAACGCUCUGAAAGGACAGAGCUCUGUUUUGCUUCGAUUCGUAGGAUUUCAGAAAUUCAAAAGAAAAAGAAAAAAAAAACAAACAAAA